CGGCGCUACGGGCUCCGGUAGCGGCCGGGAGAGUCCAGCGCGAACCGAACCAGCCGAACGGGUUAAUGACAAAGAUGGCGGCCGAGGCGGAGUACGAGUCGGUUCUGUGUGUGAAGCCUGACGUCAGCGUGUACCGGAUUCCACCGCGAGCGUCGAACCGCAGCGUCAGGGCGGCGGACUGGAAGCUGGACACUCCUGAUUGGACGGGUCGAAUGAGGGUGACGGCCAGGGGGAAGGUUGCCUACAUUAAGCUAGAGGACAAGAUUUCAGGGGAGCUGUUUGCCCAAGCCCCAGUGGAACAGUAUCCCGGUGUGGCAGUAGAGACCGUCAGCGACUCGAGUCGCUACUUCAUUCUCCGGAUUCAGGACGACAGCGGUCGUAGUGCGUUCAUUGGCAUCGGGUUCGGGGACCGGGGGGACGCUUUCGAUUUCAACGUGGCUUUGCAGGACCACUUUAAGUGGGUAAAGCAGGAUAACGAGUUCAGUAAGCAGGCUCUGGCUCCAGACUCAGGCCCUAAAUUAGACUUGGGCUUCAAAGAAGGCCAGACCAUCACUCUUAACAUCGGGCAAAGCAAAAGAAAAGAAAAGUCCCGUCCCCAAAGUUCAGGUGGGUUUGGACUCCUUCCGCCUCCUCCCGGUGGCAAGAUAGCUCCGCCACCUACAGCUACAUCUUCCAGUCACAGCACAGAGCCAUUGACCGGAAGCAGCGACACAGGUUGUUUGUUAGACUUGGACAGCAAUAACUCCGACAGUCAGGUCCAGCCAACCGCUCCCGCUACAAACGCUGACCUGUGGGGUGACUUUACAUCUGACAGUUUGUCGUCUCAGCCGGCGAAGCAGGAGUCUUCCUCCACCGACUGGGUCCAGUUUUGAGUGUGAUUUACAUUCCUCUAUUUCGCCAUAGUUGCUCGUCACAUACUGAAGCCCACAACUAAAGGGAUGUCUUGGCUAAAACUGUAUGAAAUACGGUUAUCUAUUAAAAUGGACCAGAGCUGAUUAGUUAACUAAGUUGGCUUCAAACUGUGUGUUGUUUUUCAGUGUUUCUCCGAUAGACCUGCUUAACCUGCUUCCACUGCGCGGAAUACCAGAACCUUCAGCGCCGGAAAACUGGAGCUCAGCUUUUGCUAUCGAUUCUCGACCCGGUGCAGAAGGUUCCAGUUUUAUGGCGUUUGGUACCUGCUCAGGACUGGCACAGAUGAAGCCACUAAUCACUAUUAAAUCACCAGUAAGAUGAGAAGAUUAGACUUUUAUCGUCCCACCGGGGGAAAUUUGCACUGUUACAGCAGAACACACAGUAAGCAGAUAAAGAGCAGUGAGUAGGCAAAGAUGUGCGUCAUAUAGGAUAUACUAUAGAAAUAAAUAAAUAAACAAAGCGUCUGUUAGCAGAAAAAUAUAAAAACUAAAAAUAGAAUUAAGAAACUGUACAAAUUGACAGUUUACACACGCAGUUGUAUGGAUAGUGCAGGUUUCUGAGCAGGUAGUGACGAUAUCGCACAGAAACUGUAGAUAUUGCGCAGUAAUAAUUACAGAUAUUGCACAGAUCUUGCGUAUGUAUUGCACUUGUACCCUUCUGUCAGCAGCAGAUGCUGCACAUUAAUCAGCGGUAGGAUCAGCUAUAGGUCUGUGUGGUGUGUUCACGAUAGAGUGCACUGUGAAUAAGUGCAAGUCGGUGUGUUGAUCACUAUUUUUGGACAUGUUUCUGUGUAAAGAGGUCACUAAAGGAAGCCAACUCUAAUCCCAGAUUUCUGCUCAGUGUUUUCCAUGUGGCCCACCGCAGGUUAAGCGGAACGUUGGACAAAAUGCCACUUCAGAAUUCCGAUUUUCUUACUUUUCCUUAAUUCCCUUCAUUCCCUGCCCCGUUUAAAUCGUAUAUGAGGACAUCAUUUUAAUAAUAAUAUCGUAAAUAAAGCUGGUUGUAGCGCUGGUGCCGAUUUAGCACAGCGUCAGCAACAUUUUCAGAGAAAAUCAUUUUAUUUUAGGCUUCUUCAUUCGUUUCUUUUCUCUCUUUGGAAUAAUUGUCUUAGUUUAUCUUCCAAAAUAAAAGUCUCUGUGCAUUUAAUAU